ACAGGCAGGGAAAACAGGCACGCUCGUUAGGGGAAGCACAGGAAAGCCACACUGGGGAAGGGGAACUGUGGACGGGGGACUGUGGACGGGGAAGGGAGCGUAGAGGAGCCCAUGAUCUCCUUCUAACGCUCAGCUCCUGGUUCCUCCUCCACGGAGUCGCCAUAAUCAGCCAUGGAGCACGGUGAAGAAAGACAGAGAGCACCUUCUGUGUUCGUCACGCUUGGUAACGGGCGCCAAUUGGAUAUCAGAGCACACCAAAGGACCUACGAUGGGUCCUACAUGAGAGCUUCCAUUGCGGUGAUGAUUUUUGGUAUGUCUUACUCUCUCUCUGCCUGUAGUUUGCUCCUCAGCACUGUUACUGACGCUGCUUUAUAGCUAUAAUGAUAACAAAGGUCUUUUCAAAGGAGUUCCUACCGAUUGCUAC